AUGGAUAAAUCCUUCUUGGAUGUGGGCGGGGCGUAUGUUAACGAAUCUCCGAUACGCGAAAUGUUUUUACAUUCUUUUUUACCGUUUUCAUCGUCCGCGCUCGACAACGGUGACGAAAUACAUAUAUCCAUUCAGAAUCGCGAUGCGCAUACUUUACCGAGCGAUAGUUUUAUCUAUAUAGAGGGUAAAAUAACGAAGCCAGCCGGACUCUUAACUGAGAUAUCUAUCGCGCACAAUGGUUUAGCAAAUUUAUUUAACGAAAUGAAGUAUGAAAUAAACUCUACCGAGGUACAGCGGGUUAAAAAACCGGGAAUAACUAGUGCCAUGAAGGGUUAUUGUUCGUAUUCGCCCGCCGAUGCGAAUAUCCUGCAAAACGCUGCUUGGGAUAUCACUAACAAAAAUGCUAGUUUCUUGAAAGACAACACGUUCAGUGGUUGUAUUCCGUUAAAACACGUUUUUGGUUUUUGCGAAGACUACAAGCGAAUAUUGAUAAAUUGCAGCCAACAACUGAUAUUGAAUAGAUCGAUGUUGGACACGAGCGCGCUACAUUACACCAGCGUGGUGGGCGGGGACAUGGCUACCGAGUCGGUUAAGGCGUUGGUGGCAAAAGUCAAAGUUCAGCUAACGCGAGUGUUGUGGAAAGUUCCAGUGAUCAAAGUCGACGACCGGGAGCGGUUGAAGCUGAUGAAAAUCAUCGACAGCAAAAAAAUGAUAAAUUGUGCUUUUAGAAAUUGGGAGCUCUGCGAGUAUCCGAAUCUGCCGCAAACGAGUAAACACUCUUGGAUGGUUAAAACUUGCUCGCAGGUGGAAAAACCUAGGUGUUUAAUAAUCGCUUUUCUCACGAAUACGCCGGGAAGCGUGUCGGACGGUUACAGCGGCGAUUACGACGCGUGUUCGCUGACAAACGUUAAAGCGUAUAUCAAUUCAAUCGAAUAUCCGUAUGAAGAUUUCAACGAAAGUUUCGACAAAAACCUGUUUACGAUGUUCUAUCAAAAUUACGCCGACUUCCAGAAACAUUAUUACGAACGGGAUACCGCGCAGCCGUAUCUGCCGAGAGAAAAAUAUAAAGAGUUGGGACCAUUUAUCUGCAUAGAUUGUUCGCGACAGACCGACGAUGCCAAAAUUUCUAACGUCGAUCUCCGCCUCGAAAUAGAAGCAUCCAAUAAUUUUCCCGCUAACACGGCCGCCUACUGCCUGGUCAUUCACGAUCGCGUGAUGCAAUACAAUCCGUUUACCGGAGAAGUUCGGAAACUGUAA